AUGUAGUAAUUGUUAGACUGAAAAAAAGUCAUCUCUAGAAGGUUGGCAAUAUUUUUUUAAUACACCUAAGGAAAUGCCGUAGAACAUUGAGAACGAAACUUGUUUCAUUUUGGAAAACGCUGCUGUGAAGGAAGCCAAAAAUGUGAUAAAGAUUUGUCUACAAAAAGUGCAUACUGGCAAGUCAUCAGCUCAAAGUAAUGCCACCGUAAAAAAAAUACAUAUUUUUAAAGAAAGACAUGAUUUCCAUUGCCACAGUGGUGUUUGCAAAAUGUUAAAUUAAUCUACUUGAAUAAAACUGAAGAAAAUAGUAUCGUCAUAAGGAUAUCGGACUCAACAAGAACUCGAGCGUAACAAAAAAUAAUGUUAUCCUUGACAUUUUUUAUGGGCUAGUUUCAGGUUUUUUUCUUGGUAAAAGCCACUUGCAUGUUUGAAGUAUUUGAACACAGAGUUUCCUUCACGAUCUAUCAGAGCAUUUUAAUUCUAUUUUGAUCUAAUAUAUACUUUUUCUGAGCGACAAUCUAAUUUUAGAAACAUUUUAGCUUAUUUCUUAAGUGUGUCUUUUUUUUUUAUAUUAUUAAUGGAAUAUCUUCCAUGAGAUCUUUAAAGCUCAAUAAAUAUUUGGUUGUAAAACAACAAUUAAAUCAUUCGAGAAUGCCGUUCUAUUUUGUAAGUGUGAAGUUAGCUUGGAUCAAAGCAAUUCUCUCAGAAACCGCACACACUCAUGAGAAAGUAGAGUCCUAUUGCAAUGUAACAUCCAGAGAUAUCACUGCUGUGUAGUCUACUGGGCAAUGUGCUCUCUAGGCGCAACAUCCUGUGCUUAGUAGCGAUGCUGCAGGCGCUGGUGACGUUAUGGAAUCCCUGCUGAGAUCACCUGCGGUGGUCGCCGCUCUCCUCGUGGUCUUGCUCUAUUUCGGCCGCCACACGACGAGCAUGGCGCCCCAAACGUACUGUUACACCGAGGAGUCGGGAAAGGUCAUCAAAGCGGGCAUCAUCCUCCCCUACCACGGCCACCACAAGUGGUUGAUGCCCCUGGUGCACCCGGCCAUCGCCAUCGCCUGGGAAGAGGUGAUCGCGAGGAACUUCAAGCACCUGCAAGACUACCGGGUGGAGAUUCGAACCGCGGACUCCCAGUGCUCGGAAACUAUCGGCCCCCUGGCCGCUAUUAACAUGUACAUCAACAGGUCUGCCCACGUGUUCUUCGGCCCGGCUUGUGACUACAGCGUUGCCCCUGUGGCCAGGUUUGCCUCCUCUUGGGGAAUUCCCUUGCUUUCGGCAGGGGCGCUGGUCACUGCGUUUAAAUAUAAAGCAGAGUAUAAACUGCUCACAAGAGUUCAGGUAAGUGUCCCUCGUAAUGUUACAAACAGCUGACCUAUAUAGUGGUCACACCA